CCCUUCAUUCCAAUCCACACAAAUCCCAUCCCAUGCCCUCUCCCACUCACAAAUAAUCAGAAAUCUCCUCGCCUUAUCCAUAACUCAUCCUCAUACACUCUCCUCUUCUCUGCUCUAUAUACCCAUACUAUCUAAACUCCAUUGAUCCGAAACUCCUUUUCCUUCACAGCAGCCAUGUCCUCUGCAACCCUAACCCUCCCUUCCCUCCCCAUCUCCAAAACAACUCUCCGCCCCAAAGCUCGAAUGGCCCCUUCCAUGUUCGCCAACCACAAAAUCUUCAAACAAGUCGGAAUCGGCUUAGCUUCCUCCGCCAUUACCGCCAUGCUGACGUCCAAUGCUCUCGCCUUCGAUGUCCUCUUAGGCGGAAACGAUGGCUCCUUAGCCUUCAUUCCGAGCGAGUUCACGGUGGCUCCCGGGGAGAAAAUUGUGUUCAGAAACAACGCCGGGUUUCCUCACAAUGUGGUUUUUGACGAGGAUGAGAUUCCUGCAGGCGUUGAUGCUGCGGCCAUUUCUAUGAGCGAAGAAGAUCUGCUUAAUGCUCCUGGGGAGAUUUAUUCUGUUGCUCUGAAUGCUAAGGGUACUUACACUUUCUACUGUUCUCCACAUCAGGGAGCGGGGAUGGUGGGCAAGGUUACCGUUAAUUGAUUUUUGCUGUGAUGAUUCUGUGUCUUUUUUUAUGAUGUGUGCUCUGAACAAUUUCAGUAUAUUUUUAAGGUUUAUUGUGUUUGAAGGAGCAAUGGUAUGUGAACUUUAGUGGCAAAAUUAGAUUUUUAUA